GCCGUCGAAAGGAAGCUGAUCCUUGUCGGCGGACGGGAUCCCGUGAGGCUCGAUCCGAUUCCAGAUGUGUGGAUUGUAGAUCUCGUCACCGGGGAGUGGAGAAAGGGCAGAGCAAUGUCAAUCGCACGAUCUUUCUUCGCUUGUGCGGCGGUUGGCGGGAGGGUUUACGUCGCCGGAGGGAACGACAAGAUGAAGAACCCACUGCGGACGGCGGAGAUUUACGACGUGGAGGCGGAUGAGUGGGUGGCAUUGCCGGCAAUGGCGGAGGAAAGAGACGAGAGUCAAGGAGUGGCAAUCGGGAGCAUAUUCUGGGUGAUAAGUGGAUAUGGAGCACAAACCAUGGGGCAGUUUACUGAUUCAGCGGAGUGGUACGAUCCGGAGAAGGGGGUUUGGCUGACUGAGGAAGGGUUGUGCUCGGAAGAAUCGGGCUCGUCAGCCUGCUUCGCCGGAGGCGACAGGUUGUGGUGUGUGGGGAGGAUAGGGGCAAGGGAAUAUAGGGGAGGGAGUGGGUGGAACGAGAUCGCUCAGGCAGCAAAGGGGAUGAAGAAGACUUCAUGCAUGGCAACGAUGGGAGGCAGCAAGAUUUUUGUGAUGGGGGCCGUUAGAGAUGCUGGAGGCAUUGCCGAUGGCAGAGGGGAUUAUGGAGCUUGGAUUUUGGACAUUGGA